ACGACAACUAUAAUGGGCUGCAAUCUGUGCACUUUACAGAAGAGAGAGGAACACUACAAGCUGCUGUAUGAGAUAGGACAGGUCAACGGCAAGGAGCUGUCCAAGUCCAGCCAUGAGGAGACCUUCCGGCCCGCCAAGGACCCCGUGGUGGUUCAGGUCAUCCGGCGGACCCCCAGCGGCCGACCCCGCGGCCCGCCUCAGGAAAUCCGUGUGGUGGAUGUGAGCACGCAGACCGACAUCACCUUUGAACACAUCAUGGCGCUGGCCAAGCUGCGACCUUCCACGCCUCCCGUGCCUGACGUCUGUCCCUUCCUGCUGUCCGACAGCUGCCACUCCCUGCACACCCUGGAGCAGGAUUACUACCCAGGGCCCGACUACCUCUCGCCCGUUCCGCUUGACGGCGAAAGGACGGAAGAGUUGGAGUACGAGGAAGUGGAAUUGUGCCGACUCAGCAGCCAAGAAAAGCUGGGUCUGACUCUGUGCUACAGGACGGACGAGGAGGAGGAUGUGGCCAUAUACGUCAGCGAGAUCUGUCCCAACAGCAUCGCAGCUAAAGAUGGCCGCAUCCGAGAGGGGGACCGCAUACUGCAGAUCAAUGGUCGGGAUGUCCAGGACCGAGAGGAGGCCAUGGCUGCGCUCUCCAACGAGGACUGUCGCAGCAUUCUACUGCUGGUGGCCAGGCCGGAGAUACAGCUGGAGGAGGCCUGGCUGGACGACGAGCACAGCGACUUCCUGGAGCAGCUGAAAAUAGAAAUGCUGGAGGAACAGCAGCGUGAGGAAAUGGAGUUGGCCGCCUUCCGAGAGGAGCAGAGAGCAGAGGACGACCGGCCCACCUGCUCCUCGCGGACCCUCAGAGACCAAAUGGACAGUUCGGAGGAGGACGUCCUGGCGCACAUCCAGAAACGUCUGUCCCAGUGUCUCCUGGACAACUUGGACACGCGCCGGCCGGAGGGCCAGGAGGACAAUGAGGACGAGGAAGCGGCAGGCGAACGCUUCCAGCAGCUCCUGGAGCUCAAGUGUCAGAUCCGGAACAGUGGCGAGUACGACCUCUUCUACAGCCGCCGCAGCACCAUCGAAUGCAGCGUGGCCGAGCAGGGCGGCGUCCAGCAUGAGCUGCGCAUGCUCAACGAGGAGCUGCGCAGCAUCGAGCUGGAAUGCCAGAACAUCAUGAAGGCCCACCAGAUCCGCCUGCAGUCGCCCUCCACCACCGGGUGCUCGGUGCCGUCUGAGCCCAGGGACCAAAACCUCCACAAGGGGAGUGAGGACAAGGACAGCUCGAGUGCCUACAACACGGCGGAGAGUUCGCGGAGCACCCCGUUGGCCAUGGAUCGCUCUCCGGAACAUUCCCUCCAGAGGAUGGUGAGCCUCACCAACCAGAGGAACCUCCGCAGCAGCCUUGCCAGCCCCAUCCCCGUUGCAGGAUGCAGAGCACCCCUCCUGGGCAAGAGCAGCAGCCCGGACCACAGCAACCCCUCGGACCAGUCGGAUCAGACGCUUCUGCCCGAGGAGGACCAUAAAGGGAAGCUGAGGCCUGGCGUUUCCCAAAUCCCUUACUUCUCCCCGUCCCAGCACCGGCAGAGCAACAUCCCAGAGCACGCCCACCACUACCAGAGCUACAUGCAGCUGAUCCAGCAGCGCUCGGCGGUGGAGUACGCCCAGAGCCAGCUCAGCCUGCUCAGCGUCUGCAAGGAGCCCCAGGACCCCCUCAACCAGCCCAAGAUGGAAUGGAAGGUGAAGAUCCGCAGCGACGGCACGCGCUACAUCACCAAGCGGCCCGUGCGGGACAAGAUCCUGCGGGAGCGCGCCCUGAAGAUCAAGGAGGAGCGCAGCGGCGGCAUGACCACGGACGACGACGCCAUGAGCGAGAUGAAGAUGGGCCGCUACUGGAGCAAAGAGGAGAGGAAGCAGCAUUUGGUGCGAGCCAAGGAGCAGAAGAAGAGGCGGGAGUUCAUGCAGAGGAGCCGCCUGGAGAGCUUGAAGGAGAACCCUCAGAGCAGCAGCGAGGUGAGCAUCAUCCAGCUGAGCCACAAGAAGAUGAUGAAGAAGCGCAACAAGAAGAUCCUGGACAACUGGAUGACCAUCCAGGAGCUGAUGACUCACGGGGCCAAGGCUCCGGAGGGAGCGCAGGUGCACAACGCCUUCCUCUCGGUCACCACCGUAUGAACUUCCUUUCUACCCGUGUGGUAUGACAUGAUUGCCUCGUUCAAUGUGGCCUUUUUAUCAGGACAAUAGGAGUAUUUUUCACACUUUGUAGGCACAAAGAGCAUUUUGUAAAGAAUUUAUGGCGUUCCCUUCACUUUUUCUAUCGGACAUCUUCUUACGUUCCCGCCUUCUUUUUUACAUCUACGCUAGCGCUGGAAAGUGUGUGUCAGAGUUUGACUGAUAUGGUUUGUUGGAACCAUAUACAGUACAACUUUUCCACAUGUGUGUAUGUGUGUGUGUGUGUGUGUGUGUGUGUGUGUGUGUGUGUGUGUGUGUGUGUGUGUGUGUGUGUGUGUGUGUGUGUGUGUGUGUGUGUGUGUGUGUGUGUGUUUCAUACGCAAAACUGGUUUGAAUGCUUGUCCACUCCUCUAUACAUUGUUUACAUGGCUAAUAUCCAACAAGUCCACUUCUCUACACACUUCAUCGGUACACUUGAACUAUCUGACCCUAGAAGAGAGCUCAAUCCAAAAAUCUGCCAUGUAACAUAUUUAAAGGGGAACUGCACUUUUUAGGGAAUGUUGCCUACCAUUCAUUCA